AUCAGCUGCAGGUACUCUGGAGAGCACAACAUGGUCGAUGGCAUCUACGUAGGAGGAGAAGGAGGAAGGCUGCACUCUUCAUCUUCGGUUAUUGCGACCCCGAGUCGGUUCAAAGCUUCUGCACAUGCACAGCACGGAUCGCCAUUCCUGCAGCGACUGGGGCUCCCCGCAUCGCAUACCGGGAAUCAUCAUCCAGACGAGGCUGGCCACCACCACCAUGACCCCGGAUUCUCUCAACUGCCGAUAUGCAGGCGUAAAUCGCUACCCCGCUAGUACCCUGUUAUGUAGAAAUUGAGGCUAAAACAAUUGCAUCCUUCCCUCCAUCUCUACAUAGACAGCUCCGUCUAUCCUACUGUUCAGUUGUGUUGUCUCCUCUUCGUUGCGUUACAAUCCAGGGCACCCAACUAUGAGUUCCAAACCAGAGGUCACCCAUAUCGAUGAGACCCACGAAGCGUCUCGUCACAAGCACUUAGACACGGGAGCCUACGUUGUACCCAUCGAGGUGGAAGCGGCGGAGGAUUUCAAGCAUGUCAAUCUGUCAUGGAGAUCAUGGAUCGUAGUUUUCGUGACUUGCUUUGCCGUCAUGUCCCAGGUCUUUGUCGUAGUGGCAGCAGGCUCUGUCCUGUCCUUCAUCAUUCGCGAUCUUGGCGAGCCUGCCAUCGCUAGUUGGGUCAUUCAGGGUCCGCUUCUCAUGCAAUCGGUCUUGUCACCCCUCGUUGGUCGGCUCUCUGAUGUACUCGACCGCAAGCUAUUUGCGGCAAUUCCUCCGCUCAUUGCCUGUGUUGGUAGUAUCAUCUGUGCGAAAGCUACGUCGAUGAGCAUGCUCAUCGGUGGCGGUAUCUUGAUUGGCGUGACUCUUGCAACCAUCUCCAUUGUGCAGUCAAUACCUUCGGAAAUCUUGCCUCUCAAAUAUCGAGCUCUAGCGAACGGGUUUUCAGGCGCGGCAGGUGUCAUAGGCGGUCUUAUAGGCGGGCUUGCAGCUGGCGGUGUGGCCAACAUCAACGCUUCGGGUUGGCGCUACAUCUUCUGGAUUCAGGUUGGCCUCCACGGCCUUACAUCGCUCGGCAUCUUCACCUUCUACUGGCCAAAGAAACGCACCGAUUUCCCAAGAAUGACCUUUAAAGAGUGGACUUGGGCUUGCGAUCCCAUCGGCUCGUCCCUUCUCAUUGCUAGUGCGACAUUGAUGCUCCUAGCUCUCAAUUGGGCUGGCGGUGCAUACAAGUGGAGCAAUCCACAUGUAUGCGCCAACCUCGUCAUUGGGGUCGUUCUUUUCAUUGCUUUCGGUCUAUAUGAAUGGAAAGGAAGGUCAGAUGGAAUUGUUGCGCACGUCUUCUUCAGCACUGGGCCCAACUUCUGGCUUUCGACAUUUGCUUUUGCUAUCGAAGGCUGGAUCUACUACUCAGCCGUCAACUCUGUCACGCCACAAAUCAUACUCAACUUAGGAUUCGAAGACAAUGCUUGGGACAUUGCGAUCCGGCAGCUAUCUUACAAGCUUCCAUCGCUAGUCACUUCAUUGGCGGUCACAUGGUACGCGACCAAGCUCAAAGAUCUGAAAACGCCACUGGUUUUCACAUACGGCAUAAUGCUCAUAGCAGCGAUAUGCUACGCCUGUAUUCGCCCGAGCUGGUCCACACCGCAAAUCGUCUUCACAGUCAUGACAGGUAUCGGUUGCGCCGGCCCGCUUACCCUACUCGUCGCGUGCGUCCAGUUCACAGCACCCCAUGCUUUCCUCUCCACCGCGACUGGCCUAGCAUUCUCUGCUCGAGCCAUCGGUGGCGCUUUCGGCACCGCAGUCAUCUACGCCAUUGUCAACUCUCGCGUGGCUUCGCACUACGCGACUGAUGUCGGUUCUGCGGCGGUAGCAGCAGGCCUACCUCGGUCGUCUAUCCCUGCAUUACUAAAGGCAAUGAAGGGAAGCACUGCGACCAAAGCAAGGGGACAAGGUGUACCGGGCGCGAACGCCGCUAUCAUGAAAGCAGCUUGGAGCGCGAGCUACUGGUCCUAUGCUAAAGCGUAUCGGCUGGGGUGGUGGAGCGUGGUUCCUUUUGUAGCGCUAGCGACAAUCAGCGUGGCGUGUAUGACGGGUGUUAAGGAGUUGAUGACGGAGAAGGUGGAAGCUACGGUUGAGCGUGAGAGUGGCGAUGAUGUGGAAGGGAAAAAGUUGGAUACAUUGCGUUAACUUGCUGGCUAAUCAAAGGAUGUAUCGUUAACACAUAUCUCCGGCGAACUUAGUAGGCACGAUCUACUCCUGCAUGUUCACCUUCUUCACUGAAUCCACCAUCUCCUUGAAUCUACUCCUUAGCUCCCCCUUCCCACUCCUCCUCUUCAAUCCAAACCCCU